CGGGCCCCAUUGACCAGAAUCGCUCAAUUGCCUCUGCUCUGCCUCGCCGCUCCCCCAAGGCCGCCUGAGAAGCGCUCCAGCACGCCCAUCUGCAGCUUUUUCCAUGUCCAGCCGAACACCCGGGCUCGCGACGUUGAUCGCGCGCCCGCAAACGUCGUCGUCGCCCUCUGCUCUACGCCGCUCGUCAUGUCCCUACAGUAGCUUCGCCCUCUCGCGCCCCCGAACAAGUCAGAAUGCAGUGUCGCCGCCAUAUCACCACCCCUCGCGGCGGCGGCCCCAGUCGUCGUGGGCGGCGGCCGUCAACGUAGCGCAACAUGUGCGCUCGACACCGCCGCCCGAUGCGCCCAUCAAGAUGGAUCCCUUCCAGACGGUAGCCCGCGAAAUGAAGUUUCUCACAGGCAACAUACGGCAAUUGCUCGGGUCAGGCCACCCGACGCUCGACACGGUAGCAAAGUACUACACGCAGAGCGAGGGCAAGUACGUGCGGCCCAUGCUGGUGCUGCUGAUGAGUCGAGCCACGGCCCUGACGCCGCACCGGAACGUAGCAAGAGGCGACAUGGGAAUUGGCCGCCAGAGCGCAGACGCCAGCAUCACGUCACCGAGCAUCCUUGCCGACGACAACCCAGACACCAAUCCCAUCACCAGCAUACGGCACGACUCGGCAUACACGCCCGACGACAGCGACAUCCUCCCCUCGCAGCGCCGCCUAGCCGAGAUCACCGAGCUCAUCCACACAGCCAGCCUGCUCCACGACGAUGUCAUUGACCACUCCGUCUCGCGGCGGGCCGCGCCCUCUGCCAACGUCGAGUUUGGAAACAAGAUGGCGGUGCUCGCCGGCGACUUCUUGCUGGGCCGAGCCUCAGUAGCGCUAGCCCGCCUGCGCGACCCCGAGGUCACGGAGCUGCUCGCCACUGUCAUUGCCAACCUGGUCGAGGGCGAGUUCAUGCAGCUCAAGAACACGGCGCGCGACGAGAAGAACCCCGUCUGGACCGAAGACACCCUCACCUACUACCUCCAAAAAACAUAUCUCAAGUCGGCCUCGCUCAUCUCAAAGAGUUGUCGUGCUGCCGCUAUCCUCGGCGGCUCCACCCCUGAUGUCGUUGACGCCGCCUAUCUUUACGGAAAAAACCUUGGUCUCGCCUUUCAGCUCGUAGACGACAUGCUCGACUACACGGUUAGCGAGGCCGAGCUGGGUAAACCCGCUGGUGCAGACUUGGAACUCGGUCUUGCGACUGCGCCGCUAUUGUUUGCGUGGAAAGAAAAUCAGAGUUUGGGCAAGUUGGUUGGAAGGAAGUUCUCUCAGCAGGGAGAUGUGCAGCAGGCCCGCCAAAUCGUCUCCCAAAGCUCAGGCCUCGAACAAACACGUGCCUUGGCCCAGGAAUACGUCGACAAGGCCAUUGACGCCAUUUCCUUCUUCCCAGACUCGGAAGCUAAAACGGGUCUCCUGAAAAUGUGCACAAAGGUCAUGAAGAGGAGAAAGUAAAGUCAAUAAAAUCAAAAAAAAAUUAAAGACAAGAUGAUGAAAUUCAAAAAGAGAAAAAGAAAUGAUCGAGUUGAAAAAAAUGAUGCAUAGACAGAAAAAGGGUUUUACUGGUCCAAUCUUAAUACUUGAUCAUGAUGCAUUUCAUUCACUUGCUCCAUCUCUCUCUUUCUCUCUCACUAUCUUCUUUUUUCCCCAUCUUUUUUUGUUAGCAUGGAGGUGGAAGAUUAGUUGCAGGUAUAUCAUCUAGUCAAGUUUCUUCUUUUCUUUUUUCCUUUUUUUUUUCCAAACCCUCUUACUCUCUUUACUCUUUACCCUUCAAUCUUUCUUAAAUUCCUUGCUUCCUUGCUUCCUUCCUUCCUAACUCGACUCCAUUUAUUUAUUUAUUCAUUUUUUG